AUGGCCCGUCCUCGUUCCGAUAGUUUAAGAGGUAUCUCAAAGAAAACUUCAGAACUUGGUACCCUUUCAAACAUUCCAUUUACAAGAGGUCUAAAUACAGCCAUGAUGAAGUCUCAUUUCUGUAGUCAGACCGAAUCUCAAAAAGAAUUAUUGGAAAAGUACAAGGAUGAUAGCAAGGCUCUCAAAGAAAAAUGUUCUCUACUUAAUCAUAAGGUUUCUUCAAAACGAAAACAGAUAAAGACUCAAACACAAAACAUAGAAUGGGCUAAUGAGUGGAAGCGCCUUAGAAAAAUUCAACUAGAUCUAGAGAAAGAUCUUGAGGAAGAUAGAGAGUGUCAAAUCGAACGAAGCGAAUAUAGGAACAACUUGUUUCGACAAUUACAGGAAUGCAUCAAUAGUCCUCUAAAAAGUGUUAAAGACUGUACUUACCAUUUCUUGAAAGAAAGAAUUUUGGAAACGUCACAAUCAAUAACAUCAGUAGAACAUGAAAUAAUGGAUCUGUACAAAGAUUUUGAAAAACUAAAUCCUCUUACCGUUGAUGAAACUAUUGAUAACAAUACAUUUUCUAUGGAAGAUGUGAUACAGAAUUAUUUAACGCGAGCAAGUGGUAAUUCUAAAUAUAAUCAUAUUGAUCCAGUGUUAGAUCAACUGUUGAAAGAGCUAAAGCUUAAAUUACAGCUUAUUAUUGAAGAAUAUCGAAAAGGAAAAUUAAUCCCAAGCAGUCAUAAAUGGAACAAGGACGAUCAUCAAAGAUUUAAAACGGUGUUCAAACAAUACAACACUCCUGGUAUGACUAUUGAAAAAGCACGCUCAUAUUACGAAGCUUUAAAGUUGGUUCUUCCAUAUAAAACCGAAUCAGAGUUGAAAGAACAUGAUAAGUGGUACAAAACUAUUCAUUUGAUCGAGAUUCAAAAGAUGAAAGAAAAUAAGGCGAAAUUAUUGAAUGAGCUGAAGAAAUUAGAAAAUUUUGCAGUAGAAGCAAUAUCCAUCCACCUUUCUAUCAUGCAAGCCAAAAGUCGUGAAGAAGAGGAGAAGCAGCAAUUUUCGCAAUUAGCAGAGAAAACGCGGAAGCUGUUGCAGGAGCAAACAGCUAUCAACGAAGAGAAAAUGAAGCAAGAUAUUGAAAGGCUUGCACAGGAAGAGAAACAACGAAAGAGAGAAGAAGAGCUGGAUAGGCAAAAAGAAACAAAAAGAAGAGACCUUUUAAGACAACAAUUAUCACAGUAUUUUGCUGAAAAAGAAGAGGCGGUACGCAAACAAGAAGAAGAAAGAAAAAGAGAAGAAGAUGCACUACAAGAACAGUAUCGCAUUAUGCAGAAACGAAACAAGGACAGAGUGGACUUUAGAAAAAACAAAGAUAUUGAAAAGAUUGAACAACGAAAGGCAAUGAUUAUACAACGACAAGAAGAAGAAAAAAAGAGAGAACAAUAUCUGAAUAACCUUAUUCAGGGCGUUUAUGAGGAGUUAAGAUUGCUUGAUAUCGAAACAGACGCAAAGAGACUGACUCAACCUACUCAAAGCUUACUCAACAAACAAAAAGACGAAGAAGAAACGGAGCAAUUUUCUAGUGCCAAGAUCUAUGGAUACACCAAUGAGGAUUUAAUGAGAGACAAAAAGUUUAAGCUCCAACUACUGUUGCAAGAAGCUGGUCUUUUACACACAGGCUAUGCAAAAGAAGUUUUCUCCACAAUGAAACCAUCGAGGCAAACCAGAAUUGACAAUUUAACAAGUGAGCAAAGUCAUUUAUUGGGAGCAUUUCGAAAUGCCAGAGAUCAAUAG